UGUUCGACACAGAGUGGGAAUCGCCCGGGCCUGAGCUAUGGAGUCUCGGUAUGACCGUGCAAUCACUGUUUUCUCCCCAGAUGGACACCUCUUCCAAGUGGAAUAUGCCCAGGAAGCGGUGAAGAAAGGAUCCACAGCGGUUGGAAUUCGAGGUACUGAUAUAGUUGUACUCGGGGUAGAAAAAAAAUCUGUUGCCAAGCUUCAAGAUGAAAGAACUGUGAGGAAAAUUUGUGCCCUUGAUGACCAUGUCUGCAUGGCUUUUGCAGGACUGACUGCUGAUGCUAGAGUAGUGAUAAACAGAGCCCGUGUGGAGUGCCAGAGUUAUAAGCUUACAGUCGAGGACCCAGUCACUGUAGAAUAUAUAACUCGCUUCAUAGCAACCUUAAAGCAGAAAUACACUCAAAGCAAUGGACGAAGACCUUUUGGUAUUUCUGCCUUAAUUGUAGGUUUUGAUGAUGAUGGUAUCCCAAGGUUAUAUCAGACUGAUCCCUCUGGUACUUAUCAUGCUUGGAAGGCAAAUGCAAUUGGCCGAAGUGCUAAAACUGUCCGAGAAUUUCUAGAAAAGAAUUACACAGAAGAUGCUAUAGCAAAUGACAAUGAAGCUAUCAAAUUAGCAAUAAGAGCUUUGCUAGAAAUCGUCCAGUCUGGUGGAAAAAACAUUGAACUUGCUAUAAUAAGAAGAAACCAACCUUUGAAGAUGUUUAGUGCCAAAGAAAUUGAGUCACAAGUAACUGCAAUAGAAAAGGAAAAGGAAGAAACAGAAAAGAAAAAAUCAAAGAAGACUGCCUAA